CACUGAAUAAACGCGUAUGGAGAGUCGAGACCUCAGAAAUUGCAUUCCCGCCGCCUGUUAAUCUCUGUCUCUCUCCGUGUUUCACUUAAAUAUCAUACUCUCUCUCUCUUUCAAACUUCAGCAAAAGAAUCCAAAGUGAAAGACAAGCUCUAGCUUUCUCAAGAAGAAAAAUUAGUAAUUUAGUAAUAAUGGCGAAAUACAAGAAGCAGCAAUCUUAUAUCUCAGUCCCAUCUCAGAUAAUCAACUCUUUGACAUCUUCUUCCCUUCAAUCUCUCCUUGAAUCACCAAAGAAGUCAUCAAAGAAUGGCAACAACAAGUUUUUUGGCAUCGGGUCGUACAAAAGCCCAAGACUUUGGUUCUUUACCCUCUUUUUCUUUGGUCUUUUUGGUAUGCUAAGGUGUGGGAUCAAGCUUGAUCCUUUGAUCCCUUUUUCUCCAUACCCAUGUUUCACAACCCAAUCACAAGUCUCAAAUUCAAAUGGGUACUCAAAGCCACGGGCAGAACACGGUGAGAAAGAGGAGUUUUUGACCUCCAAUGGGUUUGCGAAAUCAGAGGUGGGUAUUGCCCCAGACAGUGGAAAGAGUGAUUCAAAAUCUUUGAUCUCAAAUAGGUAUGCGGAAAAGUCAGGUAAGGAUGAAGCGAGUGAGUUUUGGAGGCAGCCAGAUGGGAUGGGGUACAAGCCUUGCUUGGAUUUCAGUAGGGAGUAUAGGAGAGAUAGUCAAGGGAUUGUCAAGGACAGGAGAAAGUAUCUACUGGUGGUGGUUUCUGGAGGAAUGAAUCAGCAGAGGAAUCAGAUUGUUGAUGCCGUGGUCAUUGCUAGGAUCCUUGGUGCUGCAUUGGUUGUUCCCAUCUUGCAAGUCAAUGUCGUUUGGGGCGAUGAAAGUGAAUUUUCUGAUAUAUUUGAUUUGGAGCACUUUAAGAGAGUUCUGACCAAUGAUGUGCGGAUAGUUUCAUCGUUGCCUUCUACAUAUAUAAUGACACGGCCAGUCGAGGAGAAACGCACUCCACUUCAUGUCUCCCCUCAAUGGAUUCGUGCUCGUUAUCUUAAGCGGCUUAACAGGGAAGGUGUUCUGCUCUUACGAGGUCUGGACUCGAGGCUCUCUACAGACCUCCCUUCGGAUCUUCAAAAGCUACGAUGCAAGGUUGCUUUUCAUGCAUUGAGAUUUGCUCCCAAAAUCUUGGAGCUUGGCAACAAGCUUGCAGAGAGAAUGCAUAGUAAAGGACCGUACCUUGCUCUUCACUUACGGAUGGAGAAAGAUGUGUGGGUGAGGACUGGUUGCCUUCCUGGUUUGGGUGACAAGUAUGAUGAGAUGAUAAACGAUGAGAGGAAACAACGGCCUGAGCUCCUAACUGCAAGAUCGAAUAUGACCUACCAUGACAGGAAGCUUGCUGGUCUCUGCCCCUUGAAUGCAUUGGAAGUAACCAGGCUCCUUAAAGCUCUAGGAGCUCCAAAAAAUGCGAGAAUAUACUGGGCUGGAGGGCAACCAUUGGGUGGCAAAGAAGCUUUACAACCAUUAACCAAGGCAUUCCCUCAUUUUUACAAUAAAGAAGGUAUUGCUUUGCCUGGUGAACUCGAACCUUUUGCAAACAGCGCUUCCUCUAUGGCUGCCAUUGAUUAUAUAGUUUCCGAGAACAGCAAUGUUUUCAUGCCAUCUCAUGGGGGAAAUAUGGGCCAUGCACUUCAGGGACAGAGAGCCUAUGCAGGGCACAAAAAGUAUAUAACCCCAAACAAAAGACAGAUGCUCCAUCAUUUCCUGAAUACUUCUCUCCCCGAGGACCAGUUUAACACGAUCAUAAAGGACUUACACCGUGAGUCCUUGGGGCAGCUAGAACUUAGGACUAGCAAAGCUGGAAGGGAUGUUACAAAGUACCCAGUCCCAGAAUGUAUGUGCAACAAUUCACGCAGUCAUUCUGUCUUGUGAUUGAAUUCUGAAGUGUUUGCACCGCAAUGAUGACAUCGAAAGAGAUUGCCACAUCAGAACAAUUGAUAUUCCUUAGUUUCAGGAAACCUGAGCAUUUUUGAACAACUCGACAACAAUGAGCCCUGGUGAUGUCUCUUUGGACUGCCAUUUUGAAGGCUCAGUAUGGUGAGUAUGCUCCUCUAUCUGCAAGCCUCCUUGCAAUUUAUAUACAAGCAGAACACCACAUAAGUUCUAGCAUUCUUUGAUUCUUUAUGGGAUAUUUUUCCUUUUAAGGCCCUUUUUUUGGGAUACAGAAUAUCAUUCUUUGUACUACAUCUCCGAGUCUGAAAUCCAUACAUGUAAAUUCUAUAUAAAUAAUGCAAUACCAUUGAUGAUCAAUACAAGUGUUGCCGGCUCUUUGUAAGGCAUACUGCUGUGACUCUUUAGCUCCA